AUGGACGACGUUGACAUAGGCAGUGACGACAGCUAUGGCCGUAGACAAGUGUGGAACGCUCCGGCCAUCCCACAACCUCUGAGUUCCAAGGAAUCGACGAAGUCGGAGCGGCGCGUUUUUAUGCGCGAGUACCAAAAAUACCCGAAGCAGAUUAAUGCGCUCCAAUGCACGGGAUCGAGUCCGUUUGCGAUGCCGGUUGGUGCUUGCAUGGACCCGUUCUCGAAGCGGCGGAUCGCCAUGUUCGACCUGAACAAGGAUCACAACCUUGUCACGGAAGCUGAGUGGAUCGCGUGGUUUCACGCGGCGUUCGAAGAAGAUCCGCAAGAUCUCGACGUCCUGAAGAAGCGUCUGUCGGCCGCCAUUCGGUUCGACACGAAGAUUUUGGACGCUGAGUCUAGAGUCGGUCGUAUGCUGGACGACCUUAUGCGUGUGCUAGAGCAAUAUCACCAGGAGUGGGUGCUCCACCUGGAAGGCAAGAUGGUUGUCGAGGUGAUGGCGCGUGCCAUCCGACCGGAUACGUUGAAGAGCGCUGUCCAGAAGCAGCUGCAGCUCCAACGAAACAAGGCCCUGAAGAGCGACGUAUUUCGCUUUGUAAACUGGCUCCGGCAGUUCUCUGCCGGCUUCCAGUUUUACGUGGGGCUAGAAGAAGCUUCACCUGCCCCGCCGAAGUCGUACACCACGGACAAGGGCGGCCGUGGCAAAGGAAAGGACGGUGGCCGUGGCGACGGCCCCAAGGAAGGCGGCGGGAAGAAUCCUCCGAAAAUACCGCUGGCGGCGGAAUCGGAUGUAGCGGGCGACAAAGGCUGCGCCGGGCGAAGCGCGCAGCGUCUGCUAGACGCGAUGGUGAAGAAUCGCCAAGAACGGGUCAAGGUGUUGGCCGACAAGUCUAGUCGGCGCUCGACCAAUCGCGGCGUCAUGGUGGAAGGCGUUGUCCGUGUCGAGAACAUCCUGCUCGACACGGGAGCUGACGUGAACCUUGUCUUCCCUUAUGGCGUGACAGCUGCGCCGCUGACGGUGUUGCGGCUUGCCACGUUUGGCAAGCUACUCUCGAUACGACAUGACACGGCCUCGUCGAUCGACGAUAUUAUCAGCCGUCCAGUCAUGGAGGUUCUCGGGUUCUCCGUGGACGACCUGCUCGUCGAAGCGCGACAGCAGAAGUCAGAGUGGGACGUCUCCGACGGCAUCCCUGCCUCCAACAUGGCGCGGUGUGCUACGCCUGAAGUUGUGGUCCCGAAGAUUAUCGGGGCAAGCGAAGAAUCUCGUCGCAAGACGCGCGACAGUGACCUGGCCGUGCUUAUGGCCAAGGCGGAUGAAGCUCAAGGGAGUGGGCGCGACACCGUGGACAAGCAGCACCUGACGGCGCUUUUACGGAAGCAUGUCGAUGUGUUCCGUGAAGACCUGAGUGAUGAUCCGCCUGUCAAGGUCGAGCCCUUGAAGGUACGCAUCAAGCCGGACGCGACGCCGGUGAAGUGCGGCAUGCGACGUUACCCGCCGGCGCACGUUUGA